AUGAUUAAUAAUACACAAUCUGAGGACAAAGAAAUAUUCAAAAUUCACAAAUGGUCAGCAGUAGCGGCAUGGUCUUGGGAUAUUAGUGUGGACAAUUGCGCUAUAUGUAGAAACCAUAUAAUGGAUUUAUGCAUAGAAUGCCAAGCUAAAUUAAAUGAGCAUAUAAAUGAUAAGGAUAAAAAAAUUGACAAAGAAAACUGUACCGUUGCUUGGGGUGUGUGUAAUCAUGCUUUUCAUUUACAUUGCAUAUCACGAUGGAUUAAAGCAAGACAAGUUUGCCCUUUAGAUAACACUACUUGGGAAUUCCAAAAGGCAACAACUUAA